UAAACACACACACACACACACACACACACAGCGUUGUGAGGAAACACACGCACACGCGCGCACGCACACACGCGCGCACGCGCACACGCACAACCUUUGUUGUGGUGCUACAGGAAGCUGCUCAUUUUAAGUGAACCGUGCGGCUCAGUCUGCCAGUGGACCGAGGCGCUUUACGGAGUCGGUUUACUGAGUCGGUUUACGGUACCGAGUCAGUUUGGAUCCACUUUAUAACCUGAGACAUGAACCUCCGGGAGGUUCUGCUGGUCUGCUGCUUGCUGGGGACCGUGGGAGGGCAGUUUGCGAAGUCUCUGAACCAGUACAUCCGUCACUAUGAGGGGCUGUCCUACGACACUGAGGCUCUUCACAGCAGCCACCAGCGGGCCAAGAGGGCCAUCUCCCACCGAGACAAGACGCUACAGCUGGACUUCCACUCCCAUGGAAGGUAUUUCAACCUACGGAUGAAACGGGACACAAAGUUAUUUUCUCCAGACGUCGUCAUAGAAGUUUCCGGGGUGGAGGAGCCAGUGGAUACGUCUCACAUUUACACCGGAGAAAUAUUUGGGGAGAAGGGGACACUGACCCACGGGUCGGUGGUCAACGGUCGCUUCGAGGGCUUCAUCAAGACCCAGCAGGGCGUGUUCUACGUGGAGCCCACGGAACGCUACCUCAAACGCCAGGACGCAGCCUUCCACUCCGUCAUCUACCAUGAAGACGAUAUCCAGUACCCCCAUAAGUACGGCUCAGAGGGCGGCUGUGCGGACCACUCUGUGUUCGAGAGGAUGAGGAGGUACCAGGAGUCGGCCACGGAGCAGCCCGUCCAGGGCCACUCGGUGCUGGAUGAGGAGGACCUUCCUCCUGGUCCCGUCAUCCUGAGGAAGAAGAGGGCGGUGGCGGUGGAGAAGAACACCUGCCAGCUCUUCAUCCAGACCGACCACCUCUUCACGAAGUACUACGGCUCCACCGAGGCCGUCAUCGCCCAGAUCUCCAGCCACGUGAAGGCCAUCGACUCCAUCUACCAGGCCACCGACUUCCUCGGUAUCAGAACCAUCAGCUUCAUGGUCAAAAGAAUAAGGAUUAACGGGACGACGGAGGAGAAGGAUAAGAACAACCCCUUCCGCUUCCCCAACAUCGGCGUGGAGAAGUUCCUGGAGCUGAACUCGGAGCAGAAGCACGACGACUACUGCCUUGCCUACGUCUUCAGCGACCGGGACUUUGACGACGGCGUGCUGGGCCUGGCCUGGGUGGGGGCUCCGUCAGGAAGUUCCGGGGGCAUCUGUGAGAAGAGCAAGCUGUACUCGGACGGGAAGUGGAAGUCCCUGAACACGGGCAUCAUCACGGUGCAGAACUACGGCUCCCAUGUGCCGCCCAAAGUCUCCCACAUCACCUUCGCCCACGAGGUCGGCCACAACUUCGGCUCUCCGCACGACUCGGGGACGGAGUGCACCCCGGGGGAGUCCAAGGUGCAGACGCAGAAGGAGCAGGGGAACUACAUCAUGUACGCCCGCGCCACCUCGGGGGACAAGAGGAACAACAACAAGUUCUCCGUCUGCAGCAUCCGCAACAUCAGCAGGGUGCUGGAGAAGAAGAGGGGCGACUGCUUCGUCGAGUCGGGCCAGCCCAUCUGUGGUAACGGCAUCGUGGAGGAGGGCGAGCAGUGCGACUGCGGCUACAGCGACCAGUGCCACGACACCUGCUGCUACGACGCCAACCAGGACACCAGCAUCAAGUGCAAGCUGAAGCCCGGCAGCAUCUGCAGCCCGAGCCAGGGCCCGUGCUGCCGAACCGAGUGCACCUAUAAGGUCAACAGCGAGAUGUGCCGGAUGGAGUCGGAGUGCGCGCAGGAAGGGAAGUGCAACGGCCUGUCCCCACGGUGCCCGGCCUCGGAGCCCAAGAAGAACCUGACCACCUGCCACUCGGACACACAAGUCUGCCUCAACGGGGGCUGCUCCGGGUCCAUCUGUCAGAAGCACCACCUGGAGGUGUGCACCUGCGCCAGCGAGGAGGGCAAGGACGAGGCCGUGGAGAUGUGCCACGUCUGCUGCAUGGAGAAAGGUAAACCGAACACCUGCAGCAGCACGGGCUCUGAGCGCUGGAUGCAGUUCUUCCAGCAGACGGUGAUCACGCUGCAGCCGGGCUCGCCCUGCAACGAGUUCCGGGGCUACUGCGACGUGUUCAUGAAGUGCCGCCUGGUGGACGCCGACGGCCCGCUGGCCCGGCUCAAGAAGGCCAUCUUCAACCCUGAGCUCUACGAGAACAUCGCCGAGUGGAUCGUGGCCUACUGGUGGGCUGUGCUCCUGAUGGGUAUCGCUCUCAUUAUGCUCAUGGCCGGCUUCAUCAAGAUCUGCAGCGUCCACACGCCCAGCAGCAACCCCAAGCUACCGCCCCCCAAACCUCUGCCAGGUGCAGGAACGUUAAAUCGGAGGAGGCGUGCCAACCAGCAGCGGCAGCCGGGGCCCCCCAGAGAGAACUACCAGAUGGCCCCCAUGAGGUCCUGAGGGGCCCAGCCAGCCGCCUUGGUCCUCCUCAGUGCCUCCGAGGGAGCACUUCAGUCCAAAGAGUUCACCCACACACAGACUACCGCAGGACUAUGACCUGUUCUCCAGGCCGGUUCAACAGGAGGAGGCGCCGCCUUCGGGACCGCCUCCCCCAGCCCCCCUUUCGCUCGGCGCGCCCCCGCCUCCCUCGUCUCUUUAACCCGGAGGUGGUAACGCCGGAGAGGAGCCCUGCAUCCAGGGGUAUCUCCGUCUCCUCCUGGGAGCAGUGAAGCCUCUCUCCCCCUCGUAUUGCACACUACUGUCUCCUUCUUCUUCUUCUUCUUUCUAGCCUGAAUUCUGCCACAGUCAGCAUGAUAACUGCUUCCUGGGUUUUGGCCGCCAAUCAACAAGACAUUGCAUACAAAAAAGAUUUAUAGAGAACUAUUUUGCCAAUUUGACAUGAUUGUACACCGCAAGCUGAGAAUUGUACCUUCGUAGCUCCAACGCCGAUAGUCUUUCUUUGUGCAGAUAAUACCGAUUCGUGUUUUUUUCUCGUACGGAAGGCAUUUCUCUGCUGUUUAGUGAAGAUCAUUUACUGUUCACCUUCUCAGGAUUAAAAAGCAAAAACAGCGUAAGCAUGAGAGUAGGGGGAGCUGCAUGUGGGACGUCCCGGGCAGAGAGUCACCCUGGGAGACUGGCAGACAGUCUUCCAGGGCCGACUCCCGACCUUCUUCUGCUAAGGAUCGUAUACUCUGGAUGCUCUGGGAGGGGGGGGGGGGGGGGGUGUUUUACUGGGUUUAGUCUGUGUGUUCGUUGGGGGGUUGGGACAACUGAAUCUAGCAGAAACAGAAUAUUAAAGUCACUAGACCUGAGUUCAGAAUUGCGGAGCAGCGAUUGUAUAUCUUAACUUGUGUCUGGGUGCGAUGUGUCUACGAUCGGUGUCAUGCAGCAAUGUUUACAGUAAGGCCAUGCUUAGAUUGACAAAAAAAGGCUUUCUUUCCUUUUGCUUGAUUGUAAUACAACUACCUUCCCUUGAGGCUCUCCUGAGUCCUCUGAAGACCACUUGCCCUCCUGUCCUCUAAGGAGGCUGGGGUUCAUGAGACCGAAUGGCCAAACUGUUAUUGGUGCUAUUCUUUGCUAUGCUUUUCUUGGAUAAGAGUUUUAAAUAUUUUCUACUCUAUAUGCGACUAUUUAAGUUUGGGCCGCUUGCUAUACGAUUUUCCCAUUCUGUUGAUUUUCUUUCCCUGAGAUAGUAAAAUAUUGCACUGAAAUAUGAGAUGUAAAUUGAGUAUUCAAGAUCAAAUCAGCUCCGCGCGCCUGUCUGGUUUUAAUGUCUGCUGUUCUAAGUUUGAACAAGUUUCAUUCUAAAUUCUGUUCUUUUUAUUCUGCCUGUCAAUUUCAUCAGUUUUUCCUUUUUUAAGUUUUGUGCAUACAGGUACAUCGCAUGCUUGCAUAAUUGCAUGUACUUGUCACACAUUCAUUAAAUAUACUUGGUGAAAAUUGAACUAAUGGGCUUUUGCUAUUUCCCGAAUGUCUUCCCUUGCUAUUCACCAUUUUUAAUUCUUCAUUAGACUCAUUUAUAAUUGUUGGACAGGCCUCUUCAGUCCAUACCCAGAUUUGAGGUGAGCCUUAAUACAGAGCAUUAAUUUAAUAAAUGAAUAUCAACCAAUGACUUGCAUUGUUAUGCAUCUGCCCCGACCUUGCUGCCCUGCCAUUAGGCAAGGCAUGAGAAUGUGUUUUGGGUGAAGGUUGAAACAUGGAUGUAAACACAGUCAUGUAUGGACCUGUUGAACAUUGAGAAUUAAACAGAAUAGUAAACACAA